GGGUUAGUAAGCUGGAGGAGUUGCUGUCUUCUUGCUGCCGAGUGGGAGCGUUGAUUGCCAGCGAGUCUCUUUUUCGCCAUUUGUUUGCCCUCUUCGCCAUCGCCGCACCUCCGUGUCUCGUCAUUUCUUUCCUUUUCUCGCGCCGUGGGUUCCUGGAGGCCUCCAGUUCUUGCUUCUGCCGCGCAGCCACUUCUUGUAGUUUGCCAGCUGCUGGGGUCCUCCCCUGGGUCUGACAUACUUGAUGCUGUCUUUUCAUGUUGUCGUCGUGGUGGUGGAGACCAGUUUGAGCCAUUUAGCUGUGGGAGUUUUGGGAAAGGGAGAUAGAAAACUAGAGAGAGAGAGCGAGAGAGAGAUCUUUCACCGGUUUACGUGAUAGGCAUUCUGUGCCGGUCUUGCUUCUGGUUUUGAGACUUUGUCGUGUCAAGGAGGUUUCGCAAGCGCAAUACAAAUCUCACCCUGCCAAGCUCAUUAAGAUUUGGGAGAGUGAAGAUUACUCUCUGGCCCCGCAUCCUGGAGUGCAAGGAUCUGGUGAUUGAAAUCUUCGGACUGCUUCAGUACUGGAGAGGCACUGUCAACACUUGUGGUCGUAGCAACCGAAAAGUUUCAAUCCUUUCGACUAGGUUUGGAAUAUUGAAGACAAUUGUUUGCGACUUCAUUCUCGAUGCCUAGCUGGGCGAUCCCUUAGUACACGGAGACACUAAUUUUGGGGAGCAACAUUCUUUUCCCAGCCCAUUUAAGUCUUCUAUAGAUUCAGUUGCAGGAGCAAGAGCUUAACGUCUUAUGUCAAGCUCACUGGGUAGAAGUAAGGGCCCUUUUCGAUAAAGGGAGAGGAUGAGCCUGCAGGAUCUCCUGGAUCUGAGUUUCGGUUGGAAUCAAGGGUGAUAUCUUAUCAGAUUGUCUUCGGGGGCCCCUCUCGCCUCUUCCUCCCUCUGUUUCUUACCGCAUGAUCACAGCCUUAUAAAGUUGGUAGUAAAGUAGAAUACAAUGACACAGGUUCUCCCGACCCAGAUACACCUGGGGAGCUUCACACCAGACCAAAGCGAGUCCGAAGAUUACGUCAAUGCUUUGCAUUACGUUUCGGAUACGGACACGGAUGGUUACAGCGGCAACCAUGCAUCUCCUAUGAUCCUGGGUGAUGCGACCAUUAGUAUACGGGAACUGUGCAAAGAGCCGGAAGCAAGAAAGUCGGGCCUGUCGCAUUCUAGCAGUUUCAGUAGUAUUACCCGUGGACGUUGGGGAGAGAUUGGGGCAAGGAGCAGAAAUGGCAGCUUGAAUCGCAGGCAUAGUAGCUUUAGAAGUGGGAGCUUCAACCGCAGCAACAAUGAUCAGGAGAGAGAGAGGUCAGCCCAGCUUUCGCUGGUGGCUCUGCUGCUGGCAACUGUACGAAGGUCUGUUCUUACUAUGUGCCAAGAUGUAGAAGAGGGAGAUGAGAGUUCCCUUGAGAUCGGGUGGCCCACUGAUGUGCAACAUGUGGCUCAUGUGACCUUCGACCGCUACAAUGGGUUUCUGGGAUUGCCCCAAGAGUUCGAAGUUGAAGUUCCGGGGCGAGUUCCGAGUGCAAGCCAGAGCGUGUUUGGCGUUUCUGCGGAGUCCAUGCAGUGCUCGUAUGAUCACAACGGCAACAGUGUUCCGACGAUCCUACUACUGAUGCAAGAGAGAUUAUAUCAUCAAGGAGGCCUAAAGGCAGAAGGCAUUUUCCGGAUCAACGCAGAGAACAGCCAUCACGAACACGUGAGAGAUCAACUUAACAAAGGCAUUGUCCCUAUGGACAUCGAUUCAUACUGUCUUGCAGGUCUUAUAAAGGCUUGGUUUCGGGAGUUGCCGCAAGGAGUGCUGGAUGUUCUGACCCCGGAGCAGGUUCUGGAAUGCCACACUGAAGAAGAAAGCGUGGCACUCGUGAAGCUUUUACCCCCCACUCAAGCUGCGCUGCUCGACUGGGCUGUCAAUUUGAUGGCUGAUGUAGUCCAAGACGAAGUAGUCAACAAGAUGAACGCUCGCAAUAUUGCAAUGGUCUUUGCUCCUAAUAUGACUCAGAUGGCCGACCCUUUGACUGCUCUUAUGCACGCAGUUCAAGUGAUGAACUUGCUGAAGACGUUGAUACUACGAACCUUGAAAGACAGAGAGGAGGCGAUAUUAGAACAGGCUCAAGGGUUAACUAGGGCAGAGGCUUCAGAAGGCGACGAGCCUGAUAGCGAAUGCAACAAUGUCGUCCUGACAAGUCAGGAGCGUCAGAAUUCUCUUAGAGAGGAGGAAGCGUCAAAAGUGGACUGCGAUGAGUACUCGCAACGGAUAUUAAUCCCAGUCAAGCGCAACACUAAAGUGAAUUCGAUUUCCAAGAGUGGAAAUUUGGUGAACACCAUCGAUCACAACAAUCAAAGGGUAGAAGCUUGGUAGUUGGGAAGGCUUUCCCUGUAAUAUUCACAUGCACAGAGCGCACGGUAACAGUGAUGGAUGGGGUUUCGGAGAUUCCCCAUGACAGGUCUCUGCCUUGCGCAUGUACAGUCUUUGGAGGAAGGGGUAAAAGAUAGUGCAAGAGAGGUGGCCUGCCGAGUAGUGUAGGAGAUUAAGUGGCAAAGCCAGUGUAAAAUGUUGAUGAGGAGUAGAAGUCAUGUUCUGCAUAGGUCUGCUAUGGAGGUGGUUAGGUCGCGCCGUGGCUGAUUAGUGGGAUACACUGGUAGAGCCCUCAUGCCACUUGUGAGUGUGGCUUAUAGCACAGAUCAGCAUGAUUGGAUGGUCCGUAACGCUGAAUUGUACAUUAUGAAAAUCCUUAGAAUGAAAUUUCUCGCUUCAGUUUUCUCUUUUGAAAUUA